AUGAACAUAUUCGUGGGAGCCCGUGUGUGCCGAGGCCGUGACUGGAAGUGGGGUCGCCAAGACUCGGGCGACGGUCAUCUUGGCACUGUUCGCAGUUUCGAGAGCAAUGAAGAAGUCGUCAUUGUCUGGGACAAUGGCACUGCAGCCAAUUAUCGAUGCUGCGGUCAAUUUGAUCUGAGGGUUUAUGACUCUGCUCCAGCAGGAAUUCAGCAUUCCGAGGCUAUGUGCGAUACAUGCCGGCAACAGCCAAUUUGUGGCAUUCGUUGGAAAUGUGCGGAUUGUCAUAAUUACGAUCUGUGUUCGACUUGUUAUCACGGCGAUAAACACCACCUUAGGCAUCGAUUCUACCGAAUCUGCACAAGUGAUGCUCCUCGGCGACUUGUUGAAGCACGGCGAAAGUGCAAGCGCAUUCCGACACGUGGCCUCUUGCCCGGGGCGCGUGUCGUGCGAGGCUUCGAUUGGCAAUGGGAAGAUCAGGACGGCGGCAAGGGCAGAAAAGGAAAAAUCACCGAAAUUCAAAAUUGGAAUCCUUCAAGUCCGCAGUCAGGCGCUUAUGUCCUUUGGGACACCGGCGAGCGCAAUCUUUACCGAAUAUGCUACAAUGGCAUGUCGGAUUUGAAAUGCGUCUCUGAUGGAAAAGGGCCCUCAUAUUAUCGCGAUCAUUUGCCGGCGCUCGGCGAAACAAAUCCGGCAAGACCGAUAAAUACGUUUUCAAUUGGCGAUCUUGUUACGGUAAUGCUAGCACCAGAAAUUGUCCAGAGUUUGCAGCACGGGCACGGGGGCUGGACUGAUGCAAUGUCAGAAUGUCUCGGUGCGGAAGGACGCGUGGUCGGAAUCGACGAGGACUCUGACAUCCUUGUGCAAUAUGCCAACUCAAGAAAUCAGUGGACAUUCAACCCCGCCGUUCUGACAAAGAAAAACACACCACCUCGAUCAGACGUCAUUCUAAAUGCUGAUGCGGCGAUGUCAUCCUCUCCUGUUCCAGUUAAAUUUGUCAAAGAUGAUCUGGUCAAAAUCAGCCCUGAUCCUGUCAAAGUUAAGCUGCUCCAAAAAGGCCACGGCGAAUGGACGGAUCAGAUGUCGAAGCUUCUCGGAAAGAUCGGGAAAGUGUCGGAAAUCUUCCCCGAUAAGGACGUAAAGGUUCAAGUGGGAACAAAAGAAUUCGUUUUUAACCCACUUGUACUCGAGUUCAUCGCUAAUUUCAAGGGAUCUGAAAGUGCACGGGUUGUUUGUGACAAACUGCAGAUGUAUUUUCUCAAUGAAAGCGCUAAUCUUCUUUCUCGAAGUGCUGCGGGCUCCGGCCAAGAUCCUCCGGUUCAAGAUCUUUCCCACUGGGACGCUAUGAUUAUGGACAAGCCGCUACCUUCAGUCGAGCGAUUGAAUUUUGGGAAUCCUUCAUCUGUCUUUUUCGAUCAAAUCUUUGGGCAGAACCCGUUACUGUUUGCCGCGUAUGUUGGCCAUUCAGAAGCAAUUGAGUUCUUUCAAAAGAAGAUUUCGGGAGGAAGAAAUACAACUGAUUCGGCUGGAGAUGGCCCCUUGCACUACGCUGUCUACGGAGCUAGCGAAGGUGGAAUUCCGAAGAUACUCGAUUGUGGCUUUGAAAUCAACUCGCGGAACUGGAAUGGUCAGACGGCCCUGCAUCUGAGUGUGAUUCGAGAAAGCGUUGCAGUAGUAAGAAAACUACUUGAAUGUGGUGCAGCUCCGAGCUUACGAGAUGCUCAAGGAUCAAGUCCGCUUCAUUACGCUGUUGUUGGUCACAGAGAUGAUCUAGUUUCGAUUCUGAUGAUGAACGGGGCAGAUCCGGCUGUAAAAGACUCGGAUGGAAUGAAUGUUUUCCAUUUGGCGGCGCAGAAGGGCUCGAUCGGUGCGCUUCAAGUUCUGCUAGAUGAGAAAUUCGACCUUGCUAGUCGAGUUUGGAUUCUCGACGAAGUCUGUGACUCUGGUCAAACUGCGAUUCAUUAUGCAUCCAUGCAGCCGAAUGAAGAAUGUCUUGAAAUCCUUCUCAUCGCUGGUGCAAAUCCCACUAUCGCCUCCGAGCGCGCCCGCGAAACCGCCCUUCAUAUCACAUCCUCCCGCGCCAACUUCGCCUCGCUCCGAAUUCUGCUGAAGAAAUCGACGCUCUACGAAGAUAACUGGGUCAACUUUAAAGAUCUCAAGGGCAACACAAUGUUGCAUAAUCUCAUCUCUCUCGUCGAGAACGACUCUAGUUCCUCUCGUACUUCUACCCUCGUUAGUUCUAUCGGAUCCCUUGUUCAACUAGCGAUCACGCACGGAGCGGACAUAUCGAUAAGAAACGAAAGCGGAAAAUCACCACUGGAUCUCUGCAGCGAUCCGAAUUCGAAAGAGACUUUUAAGCUAAAGCGGAUUCUUGAGCGUGCUCAUCAAAAAUACGCGAAGCAAGAAAAGCCGCUGCGAAAAACGUCUAAUAACGCGAUUUCAGCUACACAGCUGAACAACCACUCCCAGAUGAAGUUCUGCGAGGUCUGCACAGAGAACCAAAUCGACGUGAUCAUGCUCCCUUGUAAUCACAUGUUCUGCUGCACCACCUGCAGUCCUAGGAUCAAAAAUGCAUGGUCUGCAAGGAACUGGUGGAUGACAAGAUCACCAUUCCGAAACUGUGCUAUCUGUGCGAAGAAACGCCGCCUACCAUUCAAUUCACGCCCUGCUUACAUGUGCUUCUGUGUCAACCGUGCUCCUCGACGCCCAAGAGCUGCAUCAAAUGUAGAAUUCCUAUCAUGUCCAAAACUUCCAUUUUCUCCAGCACUGAUAACUCAUCUCUUCAAGGUAUUUUUCGAACCAAUGAAACAUGCAAUUAAAGUUCCUUCUUCAGAAAUCAACAAUUCAUCGCUUGCCCAAAAUAUCAAGACGCUCAGCAUCACGAAAAACAACCCUAAAGGCUCAACAAACACCGACUUGGCUCUCCGUACUCUCCAGGGAAAAUACCAAGAGCUGCGGGACCGCGUCAUCUGCGUCAUCUGCCUGGAUAACGUCAUGAACAUGGUGUUCUUAUGUGGCCACGGGAGCUGCCAAAUGUGUGGCGAUCGAUGCUCUGAUUGCCCAAUUUGCCGAAAACGAAUCGAACGAAAAAUCCUCCUCUACUGCUAA